AUCCAGAUGGCUCUCUUUACGCUGGUUCCAUUCUUUUCAUUCCUCACAUUCCAACAUGCCGAGGUUGGGCAAAAUGUCAAAAAGUUUCUGUUGAAUACCCCUUAGGAAUUUAUCGCAAUUUGGAUCAGUCAUUACAAUAAUAGUGUACUUUUUGGAAUUUCCUGAAGCAGAUUUUCUCUUAUAUUAGGAAAAUAUGGAAAGUUCUGAAUCACCUCUGGACGUACUAUCUAGAGCAGCAACUAUGGUUCAAGAUAAUAUCUUACCACCAUCAUACGAUGAGGCCAGGUCGUAUGCCAAGUGCAAGGAUGUCCCGACAGCAGCGGCAGUCAGCGGAGGCAAGUGGAGAAGAGAGAGACGGCCCAGACCACCAGAGUACCCUCACAAGUCUAGCUCUGGGGUUCAUAGUGAGCCGAUAGACAUGUCCACGAGGCGGCCGCGUGGAUCUCCCCCCUCUUAUACACAGUCCCUGUGCUACAGCAGACGACCUACUGUCAUCACUACCGUGGCACAGACCUCUGGGGUUGUGGAAGAAGGAGGAGUAUGUGAUCCAGUGAUUGACGAGCACUUCAGACGAUCGCUAGGGAAGGAUUACAUGUCCGUGUUUGCAGACACAGGGAAACAGAAGAAGUCAACGAACACAGUUGCAGAACCUGAGGAUGCUUCUGACCUUCCAACACCCUCAUCCCUCUCUGUGGACGACCACUUUGCUAAAGCGCUGGGAGAGACUUGGCUCAAACUACAGAAAGGGGAAACUUCCUCAGAUUUGAGACACAGGCCGGAUACUGUAGCUGCCGUCACUAUCUAAACUUGAGUCUGCCGCCUCGCUCCAUGCCAAAGCUCCAGUCAUUCUUGCUCGUUAUUUUUUAAAUAUUAUGUUUAGUGGUUAAGUUGUCUAUGUUCAAAGUUUUUGAAUUUUAAAAAUUCAGCGCAAUUUUUCAUUUUGUAUUAUGGUUUAACCUCAAGAUUGUCAGGGUUAAAUAAAGGUUUGCAACCAGAGUUACUUGUCAGAAUGAUCUGUUAUAGAAUAAACUGCAGCCUUUAUGUGCUGGCGAAAAGGAGCAUGUCUUUAGAAAAGAAGGUUGAAAAAUCCUCGUUUUAUGUUCCGUGUUAUUUUUAUGAUUUAAAAACUUCAGACACUCCACCAUGAGAGAUUGUUUACAAAGAUUAUUUUCUUGUAGUUGAUUUACGCUACAGCAGAUCAUUGUGAUAGCAACACUGGUAACACUGGUUGGUUUAUUAGACAAUUUGUCUGUUUGAUUGAGACGUUUAGGAUUAAUAUGCAUGUUUUGUGUUCUCCACUACAUUGUGAAUGGUUAUUUAUAUUUUAAGGUUAGAAAGUUAAUUUUUCUAACUCUGAGAAGUUAUAUAUGUGCAUUAUUCGGAUGGUUAAAUUUUAUAUUUCCGACAAUUAUAAACAAUUCAUUUGUAAAAGGACUUAGGGCCUAAUAAAAAAUUUAGAUUGUGGAUGAACCUCAAAUAGUCAAGUACAGCUUAGGAUGUUCUUACUGGAACAAAAUUCUAAAAGUUUAAAAAAAUCUCUGUUGGAAAGUGAAGCUUAGAAUAUCUGGUGUUUGAUAUUUUUAAAUAUUAAUUCCUCAUUUGAACUUGUCUGUGUAAAUGGGAGGUUACUACAACUAAUAUUUUGAGCUGAGAUUUAUCGUUUUAGAUUAGAGGAAAACAGGAAAUGGUCUAGUUAGCUGCCACGAGUCAUCGAAACAUGGGUUAUUUAGAGCAAAAUUUUGUAGGCUCUUUUGCUAUGGUUGGCAAAGUCAAAACGUUUUAUGGUUGAAUAGAACCAAUCAAAAAAUGUUUUUUGAAAUUUAGGGGUCUAUAAGCAGAAGCUGACAUAAUAAACGGUAUCAGCAAACUGACACAUACUUUCUCCCAACAACCUUUAUCAUGGGUAAGCGGUAGAAGUCUAAGUAACUAUGCUAUUCUAUUGGGAUGGUUCCCAAAAGUUGCAAUAACUUUUGAACCGUAAUUGUUUCAGCAAUGGGGGUUGCACUUAUUUGUUUAGAAUUAUAAGGACCAUAAUACAUUAAUUUUAAUCAAAACUGGCUUUUUUCCAAAAAUCCGAUAUUUUCUUAUUUUAUGGGAAAUAACACAAGUUACAAUAACCUUUGAACCGUACUUUUUACGGAAAUUGGAUCUGUACCAUUUUGUUAAAAAUUGUCAGGACCAUAACAUAUUAAAUAUAAUCAAAAUCGACCUUUUUCCUAAAAACCAAAAACCAAACAUGCAUCAUGCCUUGUUACGAAAUUGCUGAAUUCUAAUUGGUUAUUUGUUAACUAGAUAUCAGGGUUUGCAUUACUCCAUUACAGGGUCAGAGUUUUUUUUCUGUUUCCAAUGUCAGUUUUCAAUCUUUGAAACCUUUAUCAACUGUCACGUUUUGCACUUAAAUACAUGCAUCUAGUACAUGGUUUGUAGAUUAAAAUUAUGUAUCCAACUCAAUUAUAGGAAAGAAAUAUUGCUUGCAGUUUGUUCCUAGGCUCCUCAAUUGAAAACAAAAAAAGUUAUUUAUAGUCUAUAACCUUAUUCAAUUUAGUUAUUAGAGGGCAAGCUUUUCAAGAAUUUGUGAGAGUAGUUAGUAAAAAGCUUUGUAUCGUACCAUAUUUUGUAUAUGUAUGUUUUAUAUGCAUAAUAUUUUUGUUAUAUUUUUUGAGUCUUAUUUAAUUAUUGUAAUUGUUUUUUAUUACCGGGUCUAUACUCCAUGUGCAAAUUUAAAAAAUAUUUUACAUUUGUUUGUUGUUUUUACUGUAGGUUUCCAUUCUAAAAAGACAUUAUAUUAAUGACUCCACACUAGAUGUAACAUUUUGUAUUCAUACAUGAAUAUUGUGUUAAAUGUUAUAUUCUGUGAAUAUUGAAUGUUUGUGUUUGUAAUUUACAUUUAGGGAACUCAUAAUACUCUCUUGAUUUCCUCGUGAAGGAUAACUUGUACAAAUUUUAUUAAAUUUUAGCUUUUGUAAAUUUUAGUUUUAGUCAUAAUCAAAGUCUUACUUUUCCUUCCUUUUCCUUUGCCUGUUGUAUAUAUUCAGUUUUCCUUUGUUGUUGUAUUCAAUUGUACAUAAUUUUAUGUAGCUCAUUUCUCGCGUAUUUGGUGCAGUCAUAGCGAGUAUGUUUUCUGUACAAAGGUAUGGGUUAUUUUAAUGUAAAUUUUCUUGUAAUCAUGGAUAAAUUAUAAUUGUAUUUAAAUUUAAA